GAAAGGCUGAGUCGGUGCUUCUUUGUAAAAAAAUACGUCAAUUCCGUUUCACAUAUCUCCUGUUGAUCUGCACCCAGCAGUGUUACUUGUAGCCUGUGCCAAAAAAAGAAAAAAAAAGAAAAAAAGAAAAGAAAAAGAAAAAGAAAAAGACGCAUGGUUGAUUAUUAUCAUGUCAUCUUGCAAAUCGCAUAUCCCACUGAUCGAAGCACAAAUUACACCAGAUGGACAGAUCCGUGGCGGAAGCCCCCGAGGCGGCUAUCACACAGCCUACGGCUGCAUCUAGGUCACCGAUAGAAGGAGAAUCAGGUGCUGAAGAUAGCCUGGACAGAGAAACCAAGGCAGAAACCGGAGAAAAUGGACGCGAUACAGAGAAAAUCGACUCGAGCCGAGAUGGAUCCAUAGAGAGUGCCGAGGAAGAAUAUGUCACGGGCAUGAAACUUAUCGUUAUUGUGGCGUCUCUCACUCUAACGCUAUUCCUAGUGAUUCUGGAUACAUCAAUCAUCUCCACAGCUGUACCGCAAAUCACGGACGAGUUUCAUUCACUACAAGAUGUUGGAUGGUAUGCUUCAGCCUACCAGCUUGCCUCCGCCUCGAUCCAGCCCUUGAGCGGGAAAAUGUACCAAAAGUUUCAUACAAAGUCCGUGUUCAUCGGGUUUGUCGCCCUUUUCGAGUUGGGCUCUCUACUAUGCGGGGUAGCGACCUCGUCCAAAAUGCUUAUCGUCGGCCGUGCUGUAGCAGGAAUGGGUACGGCGGGUAUCUUCAAUGGAGGGCUUGGUAUCGUAAUGGCCUGCGCACCGUUACACCGCCGACCAUCUUUAAUUGGAAUGAUGAUAGGUAUUUCGCAGGUUGGAAUGAUGACUGGACCCCUGAUUGGUGGAGCCCUGACAGAAUACACCACAUGGCGCUGGUGCUUUUACAUCAACCUUCCUGCUGGGGGUCUGGGGCUCCUCUGCCUCAUCUUCAUCACCGUGCCUGAGGAGCAGACCAAGUCUAGGAAACCUGUCCUGCAAGCUCUCAUGACCAUCCACCGCGAUCUCGACCUCGUGGGGUUUGCUCUUAUGGCCCCAGCUAUCAUCCAGCUGCUCCUUGCGCUUGAGUAUGGUGGCGAGCAGUACCCCUGGUCUUCACCAACGGUCAUUGGUCUCUUCGUGGGCGCCGGAGCUACGGCUGCCGUCUGGAUGCUCUGGAACUGGUGGCUCGGCGAUAGAGCUCUGGUGCCGCUAUCUGUGCUGCGUCUCAGGAUCGUGUGGGCCGCGGCUAUGACGCAGAUGGGCCUAUCGACAGCCCUACUGUGCUCCAGCUACUAUCUUCCCAUCUACUUCCAGGCGGUGAGGGGCGUGUCACCGCUCAUGUCGGGCGUGUAUCUGCUGCCCAACAUUCUCGGACAGGUCCUGGGCGUGAUGGUGUCUGGAUUUCUGGUCCAGAAGACAGGGUUUGUCAUUCCCUAUUCGCUUUUUUCGACAUCCGUCACCGCCACGGCCACGGGCCUCUUCGCCAUCUUCUCGCCGACGACGUCGACUGGAAUAUGGGUUGGGUUGCAACUUCUUGCUGGAGUUGCAAGAGGAUGCGGGUUACAGAUGGGCAUGCUCGCAGUUCAAGCCAUCCUCGGCCCAGCUGAGAUUGCUAUCGGCAUCUCCUUGCUCAUGUCUGCGGAAUUUACCGGCCUGUCCAUUUUACUUAUCGUGGCCGAUACCAUCUUCAACCAGAGCAUCGAGAGCCAGCUCGUCCAACAUGCCCCUGACGUCGAUGCCAGCGCCGUGGUGGCUGCAGGCGCUACAGGCUUCCGCAGCAUCAUCGCCUCCAAAGACAUUCCAGGUGUGCUGCUGGCCUACAGUAACAGUGUCGAUCGGACGUUUUACGUUCCAGCGGCGGUAACGGCUGUGUCCUUUAUUACAGCCAACUUUAUGGGAUGGACGGACUUGCGUAAGAAGCAGACUCCAGGAUUGGGAACGGGGGCGGCUUGAAACCCUUAACGCUCGCCUGUGUUAUUUCACACUUCCCGGAGCUGAUGGUCUAUUUUCUUGGGCUUGGGGUAUGUCAGCAAAACGUUCGUCCAAAUCUGUAUGAUGAAAGCAGACAUGACAAAGGGAUUGUUCUUGCAAUGACGCUUAGAGAAGGGGUUGAGAUGAUGAUGGCUUUCUGUAGAUCGAUUGAAUGUACAAUCACCUCUCUACUCCGCCAUACUCCGCCAUACUUUGCAGAUGGAACGCCUAUUGGCCUUGUUUUUUUCUUCUUCUUUCUCCUGCUUCCAAUUUUAUUUUUUCCAUCCAAUCACACAUUACAAGUUUAUUUCAUAAUCUGUCAGCACCUGGUCUCUAGCAUGUGUUCAUGUGGUGCGACUAAACACCGUGUAGAAAGACUAGACCUAUAAUAGAGAAAGGCCGCGCAUCGUAUAAGC